UUUGCAUUUCCUAUAAUAAAUAUUUCAUACCAAGUUUUUUCCUUUUCUUUUUGUACAAUCUUUCCAAUUUUUCUAAAUGUCCGAUCCACAGUUUUGAAAAUGGGUAUGCUGAAAAAAGUUGACUUCCUUGUCUUAAAAUGUCAUGAUAACUAGCCCAGAAAAAGCAGAUACUGUAAUCUUUCAUUAAAUAUAGCCUUCUUUAUUUUUAGGCAUGUCAUAAUUUAAUAACAAUUUUCUUGCUUCUCAAGCAUACGCUUCUCCUUAUCCAUUUCUCGUUACAUCCUAUAAAAAUUUUACCUCAUGAAAAUGUGUUCAAAGUCAUUGCACUACACAGCACGAGGUAGUAGCUGAAUUUGAACAAAUUUGCUAAAUUCGAACAAAUAAUCGACCGAUCAUCAAUGGCGGAACGUGUACUAACCCGUGUUCACAGCCUCCGGGAGCGUCUGGAUGCCACUCUGGCAGCUCAUCGCAAUGAGAUUUUACUCUUCUUAUCAAGGAUUGAAGCCCAUGGAAAGGGAAUCCUGAAGCCUCACCAGCUUCUUGCUGAGUUUGAAGCUAUUUGCCAGGCUGACAAGGAUAAACUGCAGGAUCAUGCCUUUCAAGAGCUUCUCAAGAGCACUCAGGAAGCAAUAGUUUUGUCACCAUGGGUAGCGCUUGCAAUUCGCCUUCGUCCAGGUGUAUGGGAAUAUGUUAGAGUCAAUGUUAAUGCUCUUGCUGUCGAAGAACUUACAGUGCCCGAAUAUCUGCAGUUUAAGGAAGAACUCGUAAACGGAACUGCUAAUGGGAACUUUGUUCUCGAGCUCGAUUUCGAACCAUUCACGGCUUCUUUCCCAAAACCGACCCUCACUAAAUCCAUCGGAAAUGGCGUCGAGUUUCUUAAUCGCCAUUUGUCCGCCAAAAUGUUCCAUAACAAAGAAAGCAUGGCCCCUCUUCUCGAUUUCCUUCGCACACAUCACUACAAGGGCAAGACGAUGAUGUUGAACGAUAGAAUACGAAACCUUAACUCACUGCAAAGCGUCCUUAGAAAAGCAGAGGAGUACCUCUCGACUCUCUCUCCCGAGACGCUUUACUCGGAUUUCGAGCAUAAGUUUCAGGAGAUUGGGCUUGAGAGAGGGUGGGGUGAUAAUGCGCGACGGGUGUACGAGAUGAUCUCCAUGCUCCUCGACCUUCUAGAAGCUCCCGACUCUUGCACCCUCGAGAAAUUCCUCGGGAGAAUACCUAUGGUCUUUAAUGUCGUUAUUCUUUCGCCUCACGGUUAUUUCGCCCAAGAAAAUGUCUUGGGAUAUCCCGAUACAGGUGGCCAAGUUGUCUACAUUUUGGAUCAAGUUCCUGCAUUAGAGCGCGAGAUGUUGAAACGUAUCAAGGAGCAAGGACUUGAUAUCACGCCUCGCAUUCUAAUUGUGACUCGACUGCUUCCGGAUGCAGUUGGAACCACUUGCGGCCAAAGGCUGGAGAAAGUAUUCGGAACCGAGCAUUCGCAUAUCAUACGCGUUCCAUUCAGGACAGAGAAGGGAAUUGUUCGAAAAUGGAUCUCGCGUUUUGAGGUUUGGCCGUAUAUGGAGACUUUCACCGAGGAUGUUAUCAAGGAAAUUAGUGCAGAGUUGCAAGGGAAGCCAGAUUUGAUAAUUGGAAACUACAGUGAGGGUAAUCUUGCAGCCUCAUUGAUGGCUCACAAGUUAGGAGUAACACAGUGUACCAUUGCCCAUGCACUUGAGAAAACAAAGUACCCAGAUUCCGACAUCUACCUUAAAAAGUUUGACGACAAGUACCACUUCUCAUGCCAGUUCACCGCUGACCUGUACGCGAUGAACCACACUGACUUCAUCAUAACCAGCACAUUCCAAGAGAUUGCUGGAAGCAAGGACACUGUGGGGCAGUAUGAGAGCCACAUGGCAUUCACGAUGCCCGGUUUAUACCGUGUCGUGCACGGAAUUGACGUUUUUGACCCGAAAUUCAACAUAGUUUCUCCUGGAGCAGAUAUGAAUCUCUACUUUUCGUACACGGAAAAGGAUAAGAGACUAACUGCUCUCCACCCUGAAAUCGAGGAGCUUCUCUUUAGCGACGUUGAAAACGAGGAGCAUCUGUGUGUGCUCAAGGACAAGAAGAAGCCCAUUCUAUUCACCAUGGCCCGUCUCGACCGAGUCAAGAACCUAACGGGCCUAGUCGAGCUCUACGCCAAAAGCCCGAAACUUCGAGAACUCGCCAACCUCGUCGUGGUCGGUGGGGACCGCCGCAAGGAGUCGAAGGACAUCGAAGAACAAGCCGAGAUGAAGAAAAUGUACGACCUUAUCGACACCUAUAACCUAAACGGGCAGUUCAGGUGGAUCUCGUCGCAAAUGAACCGUGUUAGAAAUGGCGAGCUGUACCGUUAUAUUGCGGAUACAAAGGGGGCUUUCGUGCAGCCUGCUUUUUACGAGGCCUUUGGGCUGACUGUGGUCGAGGCCAUGACGUGUGGGCUGCCCACUUUUGCUACUAUUCAUGGUGGGCCUGCUGAGAUCAUCGUGCAUGGGAUAUCGGGCUUUCAUAUUGACCCGUAUAAUGGGGAACAGGUGGCCCAGACUCUUGUUGACUUCUUUGAGAGGUGUAAGAAGGAUUCAGGUCAUUGGGAGAGGAUCUCGGCUGGCGGGUUGAAACGUAUUCAAGAAAAGUAUACAUGGCAAAUUUAUUCGGACAGACUAUUGACGUUGGCCGGUGUUUAUGGGUUUUGGAAAUAUGUUUCGAAGCUCGAUCGUCUGGAGAUAAGGCGGUACCUCGAGAUGUUUUACGCCCUCAAGUAUCGCAAGUUGGCUGAUGCUGUUCCACGGGCAGAGGAGUAAAGUAUUGGACUAUGGAGCUUAUGAAGAUGGCUAAAUAAAAGAGUUCAUUUUUGGGCAUUUUUUUCUCUUCUUUGUUUCUGUUGCUCUUGUUCUAACUUUUUAAAUUGUUGCUUCUUCACUUGAAUGUCUACUGGGCUGUGGGCCUGUGACCCUGAAAAUCCUAUUUUUCGUUUGGCUUUUCAUGCCAUCAAUAAAUAUAUAUAAUAUAUUUCAGUGUUGUUAUGUUGUACAGUUGUUUUUCUACCGCUUUUCGACUUCCCGAUCGUAAAAUUAUCAUGCACAAUAUUUCUAUAUACA